CGCCUCAUUCCGGGUAUUGCCCAGUUGUGGAAACAGCCCUUUUGUAAACAUCCAUGUAUUUUCAAACUUGAAGCUCACAGUUUGUACACAGGCUUUCUGUUAAAAAUGCGUAAGAAUUGUCUGAAUGAUGUCUUCUCAGGUCUGGGACUGGUCAUGACGCAGCAGGAGCAGCAGGAGUUCUCAGAGAGCCUGGAGGCGGCCCUCUCCUGGAUGCGGGCCGUCCAGGAGAGGCUGAAGGCCAACGACAACACCCAGGGGCCCCGAGAUGCCCUGGAGGUCCGACUCAGAGAGACAGAGAAAAUCCAUCAAUCAGAGCAUGAAGGUCGUGUGAAGAUGGACAUGGCGCUGGUGGCAGCUGAGAACCUUUUACAGGGUGAAGAUGAAGAGCUGAGGAACCACACCCACGCUCAGCUCAAAGACCUGAAGAGCCUGUGGGAGGAGACCUCCACCUACAUCAUCCACUGUCACAGUCGUAUAGAGUGGGUGUGGCUCCACUGGGGCGAGUACCUGAAGGCCUACGAGGAGUUUGAGCUGUGGCUGACCAGGCAGCAGCGCAGCCUGGACGUCGGGGUGGAGCUGCAGCUCGGGGUGAAGGAGAAGCUUUGGCAGGUGGACCAACAAAGGGUGGUGGUAAGUGACAUCCACGGCCAGGCGGCGCUGCUGGAGAGGCUGCUGGACGAGGCUGCUGCACUGCACAACAGGACCCAGGACCCCAGUGUGGACCCCCAGGCCCAGGAGAGGCUGCAGGAGGCCUACAACGAUGUCAGAGACAGAGCUGGGGAGCGUCUGACGCUGCUUCAGAAGAUCGCUGAGGAGCACCAGACAUACCAAGGGUGCGUUCAGAGGUUCCAGUCGUGGCUGCUGUCAAAAACCAAGGAGCUAGCUGAUCUGAUGGAAAGAGAGGAUACAGCUGAGAACAAGCUCAAAGCCUUACAAGCGUUGGACGAUAGCGUGGCUGGCGAGGAGAAGACCCUGCAGCAUAUCGAGGGAGUAGCGGAGGCAGUGAGGGGCAACACCUCUCCUUCUGGGGCGGAGGUGGUGGUGGAAGAGGCCGAGGAUCUGAGGUUGGGCUGGCAGAGGCUGAGGCAGAGCCUGUGUGAGACUGACGAGGGGCUGCGCUCCAGCCUGGACUCGCACAGCCAGUACAUCGCAAGAUGCCAGCGGCUGGGAGAAGACAUUAGCCACCUCAGGGUGCUGCUGCAGGGGCUAGACCAGGAGCUGGAGGAGGGCCGCGAGGCUAGGGAGCGCACUGACCGGACUGAGGAGCAGAUGGUCGGCCAGUGGAGGAAAUACACGGGUGUGAGGAAUACUCUGGCAGGGGAGGAGUCCCAAGUGGAACUACUCAAGGCUCAGCUGAAGGAGCUCUUCAGGUUCUCAGAGGACUCACGCCACCUUUCUGAUGAUGUCCUUGCAGUCGUUAAAGAACAUCAAAGUGUUAAAUGCAGAGCGACGAGGCUGUGUUCAGAGUCGGAGUCAGGGCUGAGGAACGUUCUCCAGGACCCACUGCUGGUCUACGCACAGUGGAGCCAUAAGGUCUCUCAGGUUCUGGAGAUGUCUGCUGAGGUUUCUGACUUCUCCCACAUCGCAAUGUUGGUCCAAAGCAUCGAGCGUCUGCUGAAGGAAAGUGUCCAGCUGCAGGAGCGUUUCAGUCAGCUGCAGGUGAAGGGGGACCUGCUGGACUCUGUGUUUGGUCCUGAGAGGUCUGAUGGCCUGCAGGGGGAGCUGAGUCAUGCCACCAGGAACAGAGAGCUGCUGCACUCUCAACUACUGCAGAGGAAGAGCAGGUUACAGGGCUUAAUCUCAAGGACCAAGGACUUUGGUGAUGCCAAUGAGUUGAUUCGCUCUAGACUGGCCAGUCUGCGAGACCGACUGGUGGCAGCUGAAGGCCUCCAGCCUGACAUCUUGGCUAAAAAAAGCCAGUCAGACCAGUUCAGGGUGAUUCAGAAGGACCUGGAGGACUGUGAAGCCCACAUCACAGCACUAGAGACUCUGGUUUCAUCCAGUCAGAGCAACAGGACUCAGUUUGAGAGGCUCUAUGCUGACUGGCGACAUCUGUACCAGGCAGUCAGGGUGAAGGUGCAUGAGAGUGAGGAGAGCAUCACAGAGCACGAGGGCUUCCACGACAGCCUGCUGAACAUAGAGAAGUGGCUGAUGAUCAUGAAGCAGAAGCUGGAGUCCUUCCACAGCCCUUCAGGAGGCUGGAGCAUAGAGGGCCGCCAGCACGAAGCUGAGAGAGCGCUGGGAGAGUUUCCAGAGAAGGAGCUGCAGUUGCAGCAGAUGGAGGUCCAGGGUCAGGGAGUUCUGGCCAGGACCUCCCAGGAAGGACAGGUCCACAUUCUGCGGGACAUGAAGCGCCUACGAGACUCCUGGAUGGACCUGUACAAUAUGAGUGUCAAUCUUCACAGGUUAUUAAACAGAUCCACAGAACAGACAGAGUCUGAGCUGUCUGUAGACAGCAGCACAUCCUUAACAGCAGACUUGAGCCUGGGGGAGGGAGACAGUCAGGCCAGGGCAGAAAGCUCCAGGAGAAGACAACAACAAGAGCAGCCAGCUGAGAUGUAUGGAGUCUUGGCUAGCCCUCCACCUGGAAGGGGAGGAAGCCUAGAGGGAGAGGCUGAAGAGGGGCUGAUAAUGGAUCAGGGUGGUUGGAUCCAGGGCCAUGGUGAAGGUCACCUCCUUCUGGCUGGACAAGAAAAACAUCUCAGCCCAUCAAGGACAGACAAAGACAGUGGACGCUCAUUUAAAGGAGACACAGUAGAUUCCUCUGCUUGGAGCCUUAGCAGCAGAGGAGGCCAGAAGGGUUCCAGCGCUGAUGGAAGUCCUGACAGUGAUAAAUCAGCAGGGGGCAGCAGCAGCACCUUGGCCGGAGAGCGAGAGGGAACGGUUUCAACCACAAAGGUCGGCCAUGGUGAGGGGCGAGCAGCCAGCUCUGGUGAAGGCAGCAUGGAGGCAGGAGAAGGCCUGAGCACAGGAGGAGGAGGAGCCUUCAUGCUGUUCAGGAGGGACCCAGCCAAGCAACCAUUAACCACACCAACGCAACAAAUAAUGGGGGGUACAGGACAGUACAGAUCCAGGAGGAGGGAGUUUGAGGCCUGGUUGUCCAAAGAGAAUGAACUGCUCUCAGGGAUCCUCAGCACCAAGGGAGCAACACUCGGCACCAAAGAACUUAAGAUCCGACAGGACACACUCCAGGCUCUGAGAGGAGGAGUGUCCUGGGGUCAGGAGCAGUUCCAGCUGCUGCUGCAGGAGAGUCAGGCCAGUGAGGCUGGCUCUGGACCAGCAGAAGAUGUGGGUCUGGAGGAGCUCCGCUAUCACUGGAUGCUCUACAAGUCCAAACUGAAGGAUGUGGGAGACAUCAGGGCCAGGUCCAGUUCUAAGAGAGUCCAAGCCAAACAGGAGGAACCAGCCGCCACAGCAAAGCUGCAAAAGAAGCCCGGCUUGUUGCAGCGGGUGUGUCGGCUGGCUCUCCCUCUGUGGCUCCUCCUCCUGGCUCUGCUCCUCCUGGCCUUCCUGCUGCCCCUCAUGGAAGAAGGCAGCAGCUGCUCCCUCUCCAACAACUUUGCUCGAUCCUUCAACAUCAUGCUCCGUUAUGAGGGGCCGCCCCCCACAUAGGAAACUCUCCUUGGAUAAAGUAAUUGAAUCUUGGAGCGAGGCUUCUUUAGGAAAUGUUAACGCUUCUCCUUUGAUUAUCAUGCGUUAAUGUAACAGAGCACACAUUCUUCAGUUCAGUCCAAAGGCUUUGCAACAAAUCUAUCACUCAUUUUAAAAACAACUCAUGUCGGAGCAUGCACAUCUGCAAAUGACAAAUACCCCAUCAAAUGCCAUACUUUGCAGUUUAAAAAUUAGGAUCUGUAAACUAUCACACGACUUAUCAUGAAGAAUCAACAAAAGUCCAAUAUGUCUACAAAUCGAAUGCUCAUUAUAAGAAAAGCUAUAAUAUCAUUUAACCAAAGUCAGCUUUUGUCAUCUUUCAGUGCCAUGCCGUCCUAACAGUUUAAAUAUGAUCGUCACUUUUUAUAUAAUUGAGAUGAAAUAAUGUUUAUUUCAAGUUUAAAUAUCUUUUCUUUAAAAACCACC